AUGUAUGACAAUGAGGUUGCCAGGACCAGUCAACCAGUGGCUGUGCGUUCAACUCACUGCCACCACAAAGCAAACAAAACCGUCACUUACGGCAGCUACGAAAGUCACCAAAUGGAGUGCAUGAACGACCCCGCUGGAUUCUCGGAGCCCGCGAGUCUGGAGGACGAAGAGGAAGAUGGUCUCGCAAUGAUGGUUGGUCACAUCAAGGACGCGCCCACACCACUGAACUCCGUUGUUGCGGAUUCCCCAUUUGCCAAUAUGUUGAUCGGGGAGGGAUUGGCGAAUCAAUCCAGCAAGUUCUCGCUCCACUCUCUUCUCCACGGCGCAGUAAGUCUCUAUUGA